GUAGAGUCAUGUGAUUGACUGUGCUUUAGGGCUGGGAGGAGGAAUAACUUGAGCAGAAAGUCACUGCUGCAAUACAUGAUUUCCUGUAUUAUCUCUUAUGACCCUGGUAGGUUACUGUGAGGACUGGCAGCACCAGCUUAGUGCACAUUUGGAAACAGCAGCAGAUGCAGAGGCAGCAAAGCUCUCUAUAGACUAAGCUGCAUCCUUUUUGCUGAGCCUACAACAAGCAACGAUCCACUAUGGGGCAGGUGCAUUAUUAUUUCCUCUUUGCCUGCGCUGCUUUAGGGUACUUCAAUAUGGUGAGCGCUACAGGAUUUGUCAUCAACCGGAUACCAAUGAGGGUCACAGCGGUGAAUGGCUUCUCCUGGGCUAAUUGUGAUAGCGAAAGUCUGCCUGGGAAAAUACAGACGCUCACCAUUCUCCCAGACCCACUGAUGUUCCCUGGAGAGAUGACUUUGUCUACUAUCCUGAACACUACAGUAGCACUGACCUCCCCCGUCAAGGUGAAAGUCACUGCAGAGAAGGAGUUUAUGCAUGAGUGGAUACAUAUUCCCUGCUUGGAUGAGGUUGGAAGCUGCACUUACGAUGAUUUCUGUGAAAUUUUGGAUCAGCUAAUUCAGCCAGGGCAGCCCUGUCCAGAGCCUCUUCAUACCUAUGGAUUACCCUGCCACUGCCCCUUCCAAUCAGGUUCCUAUUAUCUCCCUGUUACCCAAAUCUACGUCCCAGAUUUACCUCUGCCAGCUACGUUUACUAGCGGCAGUUAUCGUGUCAGUGUUGUCCUGAGCCAUGGAGACCAAGAAAUUGGAUGUGCCAAAAUCACUUUUUCUUUAGCUAGCUCUUUUUCUCAUUGGCCAUAAAUGGAAAGUCACAACCAUGAACACAGAUGGAAUUUUACUGCUUAUUCAAUAAAGCAAUGCAGAGAACAAGGACCAUGUGGAGAGUGUAGAAAUUAACUAUCGGUCUGAAUUUGGUUGAUCGUAGCCAUCUCAUCAAUGAUUUUUAUUGGUUUUACAUUUAGCUCUGAGAUUGUUUUAAUCAGUUGUUGCAUUUAGCGACACUUUGCUUUGUCUUACCGUAUCAGCCCAGUUUUUCUGUAGAUAGCCCGUAGACAUGUAGAAGUCAAAAUAACAAAGUGUGACUUUUUAUAUAACAUGACUAAAUUUGUUUUACAUACUCAGCCUUUCUCUGUUUCCGCUAACGACUCACAUGACUACCAGAAGACUGUAAAAUGAUUUCCAUGCCAAUUUUUAUAUCUGUUACACUUUUAUCUUUCCGUUUAGUUCAGAGAGCAAUAACAUUAACGUGUUGGAUCACUUUUUUACUGUUUAAUGUGAAUAUCUUGACCCCAGUUCGAUCAUUGAUGACAAGAGUUCAUCUCCACUAUAUAUCUGAACUCUGACAAAAGGCUCAAUUGAUACAUUAAAGAGGAAGUAAACCCUGAUGGGUUUUACUUCCUCUUUGUUGCCCUGCAAAGGUAAAGCAUAAUGGGCUACUAUGCAUCGCAUAGUAGCCCAUUAUGUGUCACUUACCUGGAACCUGCGAUGUCCCCGAUUUCCUCGCCGGCUAGAAACGCCCAUUUUCCUUCCGGGGUCGCGAACUCUGGCUCUGUGACUGUCCGGAGUCACUUGACAUCACUCCCGCGCAUGCACGCGGGAGCCGCUUUUAAUCUAGUUUUACCUGUAGGUGAAAGCGUGUUGUAAGGGUUUACAACCACUUUAAGCUAGCUUCUGGUUCAGUUUGCCCAUUAUAGAAAUAUUUGUGUUGGACGGAGCUGUCCUUCAAACAUAAUCUCCAGUCAAAUUUGAGGCAACCAACUGAAAACUCAAUUGAAGUCUCACACCCUUUUUAUCGCUUCAUAAUCCGGUUUUCCGGAAGGUUAUUUGUGACUUAUUGAUUUUAUUUUUUUAAAGAUUUGCCAUUAAAAUACCAUGUCUUCCUCCUU